CAACCCAAGCGCGAGUCUCCAGGCGGCAAGGCCCCCUUUGAUCAGGAAAAUCCAAUUAUUUGUGUAUAUACAUUUCCCACAUAGUGAUUACUUCAUUAAUUGUCCCGCCUUUAUCUCCUCCCUUCCCAUCCCCCCUAAUAAUCAGUUCUUUUAUCCAGACCAACAAACACACCAUAGGAGCUUUGUGGAUUCAAAGGAUUUGCUUUCGCUUCUGAAAGAGCCGCUAUUCUUUGAUGAUUGGGUAGCGGCAAACUUCAAAGCCAUAAAUCUUUCCUCUGACUGGCUGGCGGCCCAGCAAAGCCCUUAUCAAAUUCUUGGAGGUGAUCCUGAAGCGCUCAGAACGCGCGCGGGGCGAGCGAGCGGGGCGCGGGCGGGCGGGGAGGACUCGGAGGCACGCUGGGCGGCCGAUCGUCCUCGCCUUCGGGUGUCCAUGCCUCGGCGGCCGCGUCCCACUCCACAACGAGCGGCCUUCAAGCAGUAGCUAUGGCCGCUGUGGCCGUCCUCCGGAACGACUCUCUGCAGGCCUUCCUCCAGGUGCGACUGGAGUCAGACCUAGGCGCGCCCAUGCCAACGUGACAACUAAGCUGGACCGCACCCCCAGCGCCUCUCCGGACCUAGGCAAGCACUCGCCCCUGGCUCUGCUGGCCGCCACCUGUAGCCGGAUCGGCCAGCCUGGCACGGCUGCAGCCCCCGACUUCCUGCAGGUGCCCUACGACCCAGCUCUGGGCUCACCCUCCAGGCUUUUCCACCCUUGGACCGCCGCCGAUAUGCCCGCUCACUCGCCAGGCGCCCUGCCUCCCCCGCACCCCAGCCUGGGGCUGACGCCACAAAAAACACACCUGCAGCCGUCCUUCGGGGCAGCUCACGAGCUCCCGCUCACGCCCCCCGCGGAUCCCUCGUACCCUUACGAGUUCUCGCCGGUCAAGAUGCUGCCCUCGAGCAUGGCGGCACUGCCUGCCAGCUGCGCGCCCGCCUACGUGUCCUACGCCACCCAGGCCGCUCUGCCUCCGGGCUACUCCAACCUGCUGCCCCCGCCACCACCUCCGCCUCCACCGCCCACUUGCCGCCAGCUAUCCCCUGCCCCAGCCCCGGACGACCUCCCCUGGUGGAGCAUCCCGCAAUCGGGUGCGGGGCCGGGAGGCUCCGGGGUUCCUGGGACUAGCCUCUCCAGCGCCUGUGCCGGGACCCCCCACGCUCCCCGCUUCCCUGCCUCAGCUGCGGCUGCUGCAGCGGCUGCAGCUGCCCUGCAACGGGGCCUAGUGUUGGGUCCGUCGGACUUCGCGCAGUAUCAGAGCCAGAUCGCCGCGCUACUGCAGACCAAGGCCCCCCUGGCGGCCACGGCCAGGAGGUGCCGCCGCUGCCGCUGCCCCAACUGCCAGGCGGCGGGCGGCGCCCCCGAGGCGGAGCCGGGCAAAAAGAAGCAACACGUGUGCCACGUGCCAGGCUGCGGCAAGGUGUAUGGCAAGACGUCGCACCUGAAGGCGCACCUGCGCUGGCACACGGGCGAGCGACCCUUCGUGUGCAACUGGCUCUUCUGCGGCAAGAGCUUCACGCGCUCAGACGAGCUGCAGCGGCAUCUGCGGACUCACACGGGCGAGAAACGCUUCGCCUGUCCCGAAUGCGGCAAACGCUUCAUGCGCAGCGACCACCUCGCUAAGCACGUGAAGACGCACCAAAAUAAGAAGCUCAAAGUUGCUGAGGCUGGGGUGAAGCGGGAGAACCCGCGGGACCUAUAAGCUCACUUGGGCACCUCGGAAGCCACUCCUGCUCAGGACAUCCUACCCCGCACCUUUGCCGGCAUGCCCGGAGCAGACCAUCAAGGCAGCUGGCAGAGUGGAAACUUUAAAAAGGAACUUUUUAUUGUCCUCCUCCCAAAGCGUAGCCCUGCUGCUGUCCGGUCCUGCGCGGACAGGACAGGCAAAAAUGGGAACUAGAUCAUGGUUGAGAACCCUAAGUUACCCCCGGACAAUUCCAAAGUCCGAGCCAUCGCCUGCCUAGAAGACCUACAGGCAGGGAUUCCACCCCGGCCUGGCCUUGCUUGUAGGAUUCUCUGCUGAUGGAAAAAGGAAGGGCCUUAGGAGGUUCAAAACAGGGCUUGAGUUUUCACUAGGCCCGAUUCGGGCUUUGUACAGGUUAUUUAAUAAUAGCUUUGUUAAAGAGUAAUUAUAAUUAUAACAUUAAUAAAUGUUUCUGUUGUUCUCAGCUCCACCCAGAGCUACAGCAUGGUGUUUCUGUAAAGCGCUCAGCAGUUGC